CCUCCCCUCCCUGGUAACUAACAGCACAAGCCGCACCACGAAUAGCGCCUCUGCCUCACGCAAAACCAGAGAUUUUGUUCCGAUCUACUCCCGAGCUUUCCAUUCCCUUCUCGCGCCGGAGCAACCAGUUCCGAUCUACUCCCGAGCUUUCCUUUCCAUUCUCGCGCCGGAGCAAUCAAACAAGCAUGUGCCCCGGCGGCAGGUACGCGGGCCUUGAUAUCCCCGCCGGCGCCGGCGCGGCGGACCUGCGCCCGGCGUUCGACGUGCUCGACGCGGACCACGACGGCCGCAUCAGCCGCGAGGACCUCAAGUCCUUCUACGCCAAAGCCGGCGCCCACGAGCCCUUCGACGACGACGACAUCGCGGCCAUGAUCGCCGCCGCCGACGCCGACCACGACGGGUUCGUGCAGUACGACGAGUUCGAAGGCCUCCUCGGCCGCGCUGCCGCGACGGGGACAGCAGGCGGGUGCCGGUCCGCGAUGGAGGACGCGUUCAGGCUGAUGGACCGCGACGGGGACGGCAAGGUGGGCUUCGAGGACCUCAAGGCCUACCUCGGGUGGGCCGGGAUGCCCGUCGCCGACGACGAGAUCCGCGCCAUGAUAGGUAUGGCUGGCGACGUCGAUGGCGGCGUAGGGCUCGAGGCGUUUGCCAGAGUGCUCGCCGUAGAUUUGGAUGGCAUCCUCUGAAAACUCCAAAAGAAUUGGAAUGUAAAUUUUUCUGGGACUUUUCCCCCAAAAGUUGGUUUGUGGGGAACAGAGCUCGUGAAGUCAUUGUUGAGUAAUUCUCGUUAGGCGAGAGUGUUGUGUGUAUCGUCUUGGUUUGUUUUAACCAGCUAUUCCAACUUUUUGUAGAUUGUUCUCUGUCUGUUUCUAACUUUUCCCCCAAAAGUUGGUUUGUA